GCAUUGAGCACAGGGCAGGGAGAACCUCUUCAAGCAACCGCUAUAAAACCUCAGAAGAUGUGCUGAUAGCCGCGAUAAACAACGCUCACUUCCGAUUCCCCGGGAGGAAGGAACAGAACCUGUGAGGAGGAAAAGACGGUGACUGAAUGCAAACGUUUGCUGCGAGGUCCGAGCUGUUCCGCGUCUUGUGGUGAGGCGCAGGAAUGGGCGAGGGCGAGGGGGAGCUGCUGCUGAGCCGGGGGGCUGUGUGGUCGCUGCUGCUGUGUUUCGCUCAGGUGCCCCUGGCUUACGGUCUGUCGCUGUCCUUCGGCCGGCGGCGUGCUCCGCUGGACCGAGCGCUCCUGGCCUGGCUCUUCUAUGACUGCAUCGUGCACUUCACCUUGGAAGGGCCAUUUGUUUACAUGUCCUUGGUGGGGACUGUGGAUCAAUCCAGUCACUUUCUUGCUUUUCUGUGGCAAGAAUAUGGAAAAGCAGAUGCAAGAUGGCUUUACUCUGAUCCUACCAUUGUUUCAUUAGAAAUCCUGACAGUGGUGCUGGACGGGUUUUUAGCACUGGUUCUUAUCUAUGCAAUUGUGAAGGAUAAAUAUUAUAGGCACUUUGUGCAGAUCACACUGUGUGUUUGUGAACUGUAUGGUGGCUGGAUGACCUUCUGCCCGGAGUGGCUCAUGGGAAGCCCAAACCUCAAUUCCAGCAACUGGCUUUAUCUCUGGGUCUACCUGGUUUUCUUCAACGGGGUGUGGCUGGUUGUUCCAGGGCUAUUGCUGUGGCAGUCUUGGCUCAGUCUCAAGGAAAUGCACCACAAGAAAAUCAGUGCAGAGAAAAAAUUAAAUUAAAUAGUUCUGCCAAUACGGCCAGGAGAAAAUAAACCCUCUAGAAGUUUAUGUUGGAAGAAAAGUUCACAGAUUUCCAUCAAAAUAAUGGAUUCAUUUUACAUUUGAUUUACACUUAUCAUAAAAUCAGUUACGUUCAAUGCAGUUCUAUUUCACCAUUCAUAAGCAAUAUUUCCUCUUUUUAAUUAUAUAAGCAUGAACUGUGUCCUGAGAAAUCAUGAAGUUGUUGUCAAUUGCUGAGAAUGGACUUGAAUUCAUAUGGGCCUCCUGCUGCCCAUGAAUAUCUCAAAGCUGUUUACAGCCAACAAAGUACUUCUGAAGAAUGGUUUCUUGUGAAAUGUAGCAGCUAAUUGGCAUUAGUUGCACUCUAAUUGUUUAAUCGAGCUGUCAGGAUGUGCUGUAGGCAACAAUGGCUUCAGAUUUGAUGGGCAGUGACCAUCAGUUCAAGUAGUGAUGAAGACCAUUCUGCCAAGUAGCAAGUAUUGGAGUUCUCUUAAUCUUUCCACACUGUUGUAUUUUUACUUUCUAUUUUAUUUUAAUCUCUACUAUAUUGUAACAAUAUUUCUGCUUCAACAUUAGUUAACUGCAGGGUUGACUAUGUAGUUUCCCUUUUUUAAUGUCAAAAAUAACAGGUGUUUGUCCUAAAACAUCUUUUUUUUUAGAUUUUAGAAAGAAGCUUUAUUUGGUUUGUUUAAAAAAUUAAACAAUUCUGCUUAAUAUUGUCAAUUCUUUAAAGAUAUUUGAACAUUCAUGCUGUUCUUUGAUCUCUGAUGAAGUUUAAAGUAUAAAACUUUUCAUUACAUAUUUAAAGCUUUCUUGCUGAUCCAAUUUAGAGGGUACCAUAACCUUCUCACUUACACUAAACUGUAUGUCACCUGUUGAUGUUACCAAGUUUCAGAUAUAUACUAUUACUAUUCAACUUCUUGGGUCUUCAUUCCAUCUCCUAGAAUGUUUAAAUCCAUGAGUUUCUGAAUUACUAUUGGAAUUGCCCCACCUGUGUACUGGUAUGAAGAUUUAUCACAGCUUAAUGUUUUCCCCAUCCAUUUAAAUGUUUUGCUGAUUAAUGUGAUGUAUAGGCAUCCAGGGGAGCCCAACCCAUUGGCAUGUAACAGCAACUAUAGUGUAAGAAUUGUCUUUUUAUAUUAUCGUUGCAGAUUUGUUCGGUGAAGCUUAGAAGUAUUAUCUCAGAUUUACUGCAUGUAAUAAUACAGGUACUUUUAAAAUUUAGCACAUAAAUAGUGUUCAGCUGUUUUCAGUUUGACUUGGCUUGUUUGAAUGCAAGAAUCUACAUUCAAAGUUUUCUCUUAAAUUUGGUCACAAGCCUGGGCUAUCCUGGCACUUACUGUGCAGCCCAUCUCUGUUUGUACACGAACUGAGGAAGAAUUAAAGUUCAACCAUU